AAAGGGGAAUAAAUAUUUUAUAGGACAAGAGGCAUCUGCAGUGAUUUUAACUAUGACAGGACUCUCAAUUUGGGUGUUUCUGUUUCUCACCUGCAACUUAUCUGCUUUUGCCACUCCCGUGAAUUCACCAAUCAAUGAUGCUGACAUGGAUUUAGUGAAGAAAUACUUAAAGACCUUCUACCAAUCCAAUGAUGAGAGAAGAGCUAAGAUCCGUAUGGAUGAAAAUGAAAUCUUGACUGAAGAUCUCAAAAAAAUGCAAAAAUUUUUUGGGCUGAAUGUGACUGGAAAGCCUGACCUGAAAACUUUGGCAGUGAUGAAGAAGCCCAGAUGUGGUGUACCUGACUUGGCGUCAUUUGUUCUUUUAGAUGGCAAUCCUAAAUGGGAGAAAACCAGUAUUACCUACAGGAUUGUAAGCUACACUUCAGAUAUGCAUCCAUCCGAUACAGAUGAAGCCAUCAGAAAAGCAUUUGAAGUCUGGAGCAAUGUUUCACCUCUAACUUUCACAAGACUCUAUGAUGGUGAAGCGGAUAUUAUGAUGUCUUUCCAUACCAGAGACCAUGGUGAUAAUUCUCCAUUUGAUGGUCCUGAUGGAAUCCUGGCUCAUGCUUUUCAACCAGGGAAACAUAUUGGUGGAGAUGCUCAUUUUGAUGAAGAAGAAUUUUGGACAAAAGAUGGCCCAAGAGGCCGUAAUCUGUUUCUUGUUGCUGCUCAUGAGAUUGGCCAUUCAUUGGGUCUGUCUCAUUCCACGGAUGUGGGAGCCUUGAUGUUUCCUAACUACUCCUACACGGCACCAAAAUCAUUUCGUCUUCCACAGGAUGAUAUCAAUGGCAUUCAAGCUAUCUAUGGAAAAACAGAGAACCCAAUACAACCAACAGGACCCUCUACACCAGAAGCAUGUUCUGCUAAGACUACUUUUGAUGCUGUUGCCACCAUACGUGGAGAAUAUUUGUUCUUUAAGGACAGACACUUCUGGCGUAAACACCCACAGAUAUACAAUGUGGAACUGUAUUUCAUUUCUUUUUUCUGGCCAACUCUGCCUUCCAAUAUUGAUGCUGCUUAUGAGAACUCUGGGCAAGAUAACGUUAUAAUUUUUAAAGGAAACAAAUAUUGGGUUCUAAGCGGAUAUGAUAUAGUUGACCAGGCUCAAAGUAUUUACAGAUUUGGAUUACCAAGAAAUGUGAAGAAAAUUGAUGCUGCAUUCAGCAAUCCAGAAACUGGAAAGACCUAUUUUUUCAUUGGGAACAAGUAUUGGAGAUACAAUGAAAUGGAACAAAGAAUGGAAAAAGGAUACCCCAGAAAUAUAGCCCAAGAUUUUAAAGGGAUUAAACCCAGAAUUGAUGCUACUUUGUAUGACAAUGGAUAUAUCUAUUUCUUCCGAGGAACAAAAGUGUUUCAGUUUGACCCUAAGAAUGAAAGAAUUGUUCGGCCCAUUCGAAGAAGCAAUGCUUGGCUGAAUUGUUAAAGCAUUUAAUCAAUGCUACUUAUUGGUUACAACUAAUUCUGAUUUACAGGCAUCACAGAAUUUAACAAGCUUGACUGAGAAUGCAGUAAUAACCUGUGGUUUUGUUUUUCCUAUAAAUGUAAAGCAAGUUCAGCUGAUUAACUACAUUAAACUCUAAUAUGUAAAUAUAAUA